AUGGCCGCCAUAUUUACACUCAUGACGACCUUCAUCAACAGAUUACAGACCCAAACGAAACAAACAACCCAAGCAACCACCGCCGCCAGGAUCGUGGCCGCGGCCGCCAGGCCCACUGCCACCUUCGCGAGACCCGGCCUCUUCCCGGCUUCGUUCGAUGCAGGAGUUGGUGGGUCCGCCGUAGGUUUCUCCGGUGCGGCGGAUUCCGGUUUCGGGGCCCGAUCUGCUUCGGCCGACUCGGACGGCGGCGGGACCUUAGGGUCGUCGGGUUCGUGGUUGAUUUUGGGCAUGGUGCUGCUGGGAGCGGGGACUUCCUUGUGGAAUCUGGAUUUAAAUGACGUGUCCACCGGACGCUCGCCGGAGAUUUUGAGGACGCCGUGGUUGCUGAUCUGUACUCUGAUCUGGUCCUUUUUGAAACCUUGGAGAAAGGGCAAAGGCAACUGUUACGCUUCGAAAAUUGAUAUACACACAGAUAGACCUGGGCCGGUUGCUAAAGGGUGCAAAUGCCCGAAUUUGGCUCGGACUUGCCAGGUCCGAAAACAGUGUUUUCAGAAGAGAAUAUCGAAUGUGAACGGCCAAAUGGGGAGCCCAUAA